GGACGACCGGAACAACAAGAUGGCGUAGCGUGAGGAGUUUCUGUAUUUUUAGAUGCAUAAAGCCCACGUAUGUUGAGGAAGUGUCAGGAAGAAGGAUCUGUGCAUGAGAAAAGUCCAGCAUGGAGCAGAUAUUAAAAGAGCACGGUGUCGAGUUUGAGACUGUCGGAGCUUCAAGUGUUUCUGGGCUUUUCUGGGCACAGCAGAAGUGUUCAUGAACAUGAGCUUCUCCUGAGAGCUGCUGAAGACGGGCUGCAGUCCAGCAAAUCACAAUCACCAGCAUUACUCCAGGAUCACAGACACCUGUCCCUCAUUCAGACACUGUAAAAUCACUGUCGCUCUAUGCUGAGAGAGAGGGUGCUGUACACCCACCUCUCUUUUAGCAGGAGUCAGUCCUGUAAAACACACUUUGAUACUGUUAUCUGGUGAAGCAGACGAGUGACAACCAGAAUCAGCAUGAAUCUCCAGCAACCAACUCCCCUCAUCCCCCCUGUCCACCCUGAUGUGCAGAUGAAGCCUCUGCCCUUCUAUGACGUGCUGGACGUCCUAAUCAAGCCUUCAAGCCUCGGAGCAAGCACUGCACAGAGAUAUCACCAAGAAAAAUAUUUUAUCUUUGCCUUGACCCCACAGCAAGUUAGAGAAGUGUGUAUAUCCAGGGACUUUCUACCAGGUGGAAGAAGAGACUACAUGGUUCAAAUUCAACUGCGGUUUUGCUUGUCAGAGACAAGUUGUCCUCAAGAAGACAAUUACCCAAACAGUCUGUGUAUAAAGGUCAACGGGAAACUUUUUCCUUUACCAGGUUAUGCACCCCCCCCAAAAAAUGGCGUGGAACAGAAGAGACCAGGAAGACCUCUAAACAUUACCUCACUGGUCCGCCUCUCCUCUGCAGUGCCCAAUCAAAUUUCAGUGACAUGGGCUCCUGAAAUUGGAAAGACUUAUUCCAUGUCUGUGUACCUGGUGAGGCAGCUAACAUCACCGCUGCUCCUACAGAGGCUGAGGAUGAAGGGCAUCAGAAACCCAGACCAUUCCAGAGCUUUAAUUAAAGAGAAGCUGACAGCAGAUCCAGACAGUGAGAUUGCUACAACGAGUCUUCGAGUGUCACUCAUGUGCCCGCUGGGUAAGAUGCGACUGACGGUUCCAUGCCGGGCGGUGACCUGCUCUCACCUGCAGUGUUUCGACGCCGCCCUCUACCUGCAGAUGAAUGAGAAGAAACCUACCUGGAUCUGUCCUGUUUGUGACAAGAAGGCUGCAUACGAGAGUCUUAUCAUUGACGGUUUAUUUUUGGAGAUCCUGAAUGACUGCUCAGAUGUGGAUGAAAUCAAGUUCCAGGAGGAUGGAACUUGGUGUCCAAUGAGACCAAAGAAAGAGUCCGUCAAGGUCCCCUCUCAGUCAAUCCCAAAAAUAGAGACCCCAGCUCCUUUGCGUCAGUCUUCAGUGGUUCCACAUUCUACUGAACCCAGCUCCACUAAGAAGGCUGAUGUCAUUGAUUUGACCCUGGAAAGCUCAUCCUCUGAUGACGAGGAAGAGGAGGACUCAGACCCUCCACUGAAGAAGCGCUGUGCUUACAUUUCCAAGAGUGAGGAGAUGCAUGCUAAAGGAGUGUUGACCUACCAACCCUCCACUGUGCGCAUGUCAAACGUCCAGGGCCUGGACCCGUCAUAUCUGACCUCUACACUUGCUGACUAUGCAGUCCCCUUCCACCCAUCCACCCUGGCUACCAUCCCCACAGACAUGCAGAGUCUGGAAUUGUUUUCCUUAAUUCAAGCAGAUCCUCAGCAUUACCGGCCUCAGAUGUUUCUGGACAACCUGACGAGCAGCAUGCAGAGUGCAGCGUCUGCCAGCACCAGUUCAGCCCUGGUCUCCUCCAGCAGCCACUAUGACACCAGUGGCCACGCCACUAGCUCCAUCCACGAGACCCGGGUAAUCACAGGGGGAGGAGGGGGCGCUGGAGGAGGAACUGACAGCAGCAUAUCAGAUAUUAUUUCACUAGACUGAGCCACAUCUCACUGGACCUUUUCAGGCCUUCCUGUGGCCUUUCUGUCUGAACUACAUGUACACGACCUAUUGAGAUUUACACAAAAGCACCUAAAUUGGUAUACAUGUGUACUUCGGUGGCCUGAACAUUUUGCACGUUCAGAUCGGUAUCAUUUGACCAUUUACGCAUUUCUCUUUUUGCACUUUUAGCAAACGGGUUCUCUCUCCUGUCUGCUGUGACAGGAUGAUAAAUGGUUUGUUGGCCAAGGAUAACAUGACCUGAGGACAAUUCUCAUGAAGGAACGCUUCAACAUUUUGGGGACAUGUUGUCAUUUGCUGUUAUAUCAUACAUCACAAAGAUCAAAACAAAAAGAGUGAUUUCAAACAGACAGAAUCUUUGUACCAGACAAAAGGAAAUGGAUUUAUCAUUUGGUCUGAUUCGUUGAUGAAACGUCAAACAAGCACAAUUUCCAAAAUGUUGAAGUGUUCCUUUCAUUUUUUUUUAAAUCACAAGAGAGCAGAAAGACUCCCAAACAAACUUAAGGAAAUGUGUUUCAAUAAGAUUUGAUGCUAAUUAGUUAUCAAACAGUUGCCUACUGAGCAUUUCAUCUGAGCUCAUUCUGAUGCUUUAGCUUUGGUUAAGUCCAAUAUUUGCUCCAUGUGGCUCCAAUGUGGGAAAUAUUUAGGACAUUGAAGUCAUCAUACAGUGUAUUCAGAAAGAAUUCAGACACUGUUUUCACUUUCGUUCACAUUGAUGUGUUGCAGCCUCGCAUUAAGAUCAUUCCAAUUCAUUUUCCCCUGAUCAGUCUACACUCAAUGUCCCAAAAUGAGAAAGAGUAAAACAGGAUUAUAGAUAAAACCGGAAUAUCACACUGACAAGUAUUCAGAGCCUUUACUUACUACUUAGUUUAAACACCUUUGGCAAACCUGAGUCUUACUGGAUAGCUUCCAGUGCAUCCUUUCAUAUAUGAGACCCCUGGUUGUUCCAAAUUUCUUCUAUUUAAGAAUAAUGGAGGCUGCUGUGCUCUCAGGAACCUUCAAUGCAGCCUUAACACAGUCCUGUCUCUGCAGGUAGUUCCUUCAAUCUCAUGGCUUAGGGUUUGCUUUGAUAUGCACUGACAGCUGUGAGACCUUAUGUAGACCAGUGUGUUCCUCUCCAAAUCAUGUCCCAUCAGUCCAAUUUUCCACAGCUGGUCUCCAUUCAAGGUGUAGAAACAUCGCUUUGUCAUUAUGGGGGAAUUGAGUGUAGAUGGAUGAGGAGGAAAAUGAAUUGAAAUUAUUUCAGCAUGAGGCUGCAACAACAACCACAUGUGAAAAAUGUGAAGGGGUCUGAAUACUUCCUGAAAGCACUGUAUAUACCAAUUUGGGCCCUUUUUUUGGCCUGUUGUACCUGAGUGUGUGCCUCAUCAGCAGAUAACAUCAAGGUGAAUGGAAGUAGAGCUCGGAUUCACUGCUCUCAGCAAGACCUUGUUUCACAGAACAGCCGUGCAAGUGAAUGAACGGUUGGAAGUUGAACUAUAUUGGACUGAUAACUUCCUCACACACACUGUAAACAGGGACGUUUGUGUGUGUUUUUACUGUGUCUGUGCUGGCUUUCUAAAGUCCUGUCUUUUCCUCUCAUUCACACUAAUGAAUGAAACAUGGAAGGCAGGUCAGUAAUUCAGAUGUUUUCAUUGGUUAUAACAGCUGUCAGUUAAUACCAUGAUGGGGUUUGUUACAGGGCAGCUUUCUUAUCAUACAAAUAUAAAAAGUUCUUUUGUAAUUAGUCAGAGCAAUAAUAAUUUAAAUCCUGUUAGGUAUAACAUAGUUGUAAAUGUAGUUCAGAUAUUCAGUAAAUGAUUCCAGCUGGUCCUCGCCACUCUGCCUCCCUAAUGGAAUUUCUUUUCUUUGUGUAUGUUCAGUUUAUUGCCUGAUGUCAAUUGCAAACAUGCAUGUUGUUUUUUUAGGUUUUUUUUUAGAUUAAUACAAUUACGGUAGUUCAACAUUUAAAGAAACACACUUCUUGGCUUUCUUUCUGAGAAUGAGAUGAGAAGAUCAGUGUUAAUUAUGAAUUGUGUAUAUAGUGUGGAGCUGGAUUGAGGACGUUGUUAGACUAGCUCAGCAUGAAGACGUAAAGCAGGAGGAAACAGCUGGACUUACUCUGUCCAGAGGUGAAAAAGCCACAUAGCAACUUCAAAGCUCACUAACACUAUGAUCCCAACCUACAAGAAGAUGUGUGUGGUUUUACAGUCACUGUCAUGGUGCACCUGUAUCAUUUGCAUAUAUGUAAUAAUGUGGACAACAAACAGAAUAUCAGUACUGAUGUUUCUGUGAUAUACGUGUCGUGUCUCUUUGCACCAUACAAAACAAAACAUAGAUAAACAGGUAGUGGUUGUAGACGGUGUUAUGUGCUUCUCCAGACAAGCUGUUCCCCAGUGCUUCCAGUCUUUCUGAUAAUCUAGCUUUAGUACAUCCUGACUCAAGCUCCAUACUGAAAACACAUUCUCAUCUCUCUCACUGAAAGGAAGUAUAUAAGUGUAUUUCCCAAAAUGCUCAACUAUUGUCUUUAUAGGGGGACAUAUUACGCACACUUCCAGGUCUAUAUUUAUAUUCUGGGGCUUAACUGGAAUAUGUUGAACUCAUACUGGUCCUUUUAAAGCCCCUCAGUUCAGCCUCUGUCUGAAAAACACUGUUGUAGCUCCUGUCUCUCCCUGUGAUCCACAUCUUGAAAACUGCCCCUCAGCUCCAGCAGCCACGUCAACAAACCAUGACAGAAAGUGGAACAGCAGGAUUUUACUGCUUUCUCUCAUUCUGCACUCAAAUUGUCAGCUUCUCAAAUCCAUCCGUACAUGUUUACAAGUUACAGUUUACAGCUUCAUUUAGCAGAUGUACAUCUGAGAGCUGAUACAACACAAGCAGGGAACUAUUGAGCAGAGAACAACAUGAGUAAGUGCCAUAAAGCUGAGUUUGAGUCUGACAGGACGUAGGUGCCAACAGGCAGUUUUUCCAUAAGUCCAUCAAGUGCAGAGGUGUUUGUGAAAGAGCUGGUAUUUAGUCUUCUCUUAAACUUUGUGGGCAUGAGUUGGGUUGAUUGGAUCUGGAUACUGAUCUCUGGCUGGGAUGACUUGGAGCUCAGUGAGCUGCUGGAGCCAAAAUCCAAAUCUGAAAUAGUAGACACUGAAUAACACAUGGAAAGACCUUAGCGACAACAUCAGCAAAAUAAAGCUAUGGAACAGACAGCUGUUAAUGGGUGUGCAUCAGCUCAAUGACACACCUUCACAAAUGAAGUGUUCAGAGCAGGUUGAAGAGCUGACCUUUGGCAUGCAGAGAGCAUUUCUAUAUAGACCAUCUUUGAUCAUGUUCAACAUCUGACAUCAGAACAGUGUUUAAAUAAGAAAAUCACUAACAGCAUGAUAUGUCCCCUUUCUUUUCUUUUUUAACUGUGUGCAUCAGCCUUUACAAAUGUGUAACACUUCAUUGGGUUUUGAGAUAAUCAGAGUUUAUGUGUUGGUGUAAAAUUUCAGACAAGUUAAAGCUGCCAAAAGUCUGAUAUUCAUUCAUUUAUUUGGUUUUUAAAGUUGAGUUGGUCAUUCUUCAGGAGUGUGACCUCUCUGCUAUUCUUGUAUUUUGCUGUAUGUCAAUGAUGUUUUGAAAAGGAUGGAAGUGGAAUGAACAUGUGCUUAGUGUCAAUACUAGAAAAUGUUUGCCCACUUCGACACACUUAACAGCAAGCAACGACACGAAAACCCACAAACAGGGCAGCUACUGUAUCAUUAGUACAUUAUGGGGAUUGCUUGCUGUGUAUGUGGACUCCCGGCCUUUCAGGAGCUCAAUCUCAGGGAUCUAUACUCCACUCUCUGUGCUUCAAACACAGACACUCCAUUGACAGCAUUUACAAGUGAAAUGCAGAUGGUAGUGUAUAAGAUAGGUUCAUGUAUAAGCUUAUUAGGUCAGUGUAUCUGCUUUUUUCAACCAUUAUGCCAAUGAAUGUUAACAGUUACAAGUUCACAUUGUAAGGCUACUAAAAGGGUCAGUUCACACUUCCGAAAAUACCCAAAACAUUCUUCCUUAUAAUUGUUCGGGGGGUAGAGGGGUCGGGCUGACUGGACUUCUACAGGCUGUAUCUGUUCACUUGCAGGUAGAUGUUGGUGAUGUGGAUACAUGAACCCUCAUGUUUUUGGGGAUUUUAUACUCUGCAUCGUCUUUAUGGACAUAAUUGAUAUAACUUCAUUACACCAUGUUAAAAGACUCAGAGAAAAGUAGGUUGUUUUGUUUUUUUUGCUCCAAAUUCACAAUUGUAUUACAAAACUGUCUUUGUUUUCCUGAACCUGUAAAUGCAGCAUUUUUGAGUUGUGGUACCAACUGUGGGUGUUUUUUUUUUUUUAUUA